CUCACUCCAUGCACCCUGAGGAUCAUCUCAAACUCAAAACAAACACAAGUGUCACCCCAACUCCCUCCCUCUCUCUCUCUCUCUCUCCCCCUCCCAACAACGGCAAUGUCAUCGGCGACAGAAAAAUACAACAAGAUCCGUCACAUUGUCAGAAUCCGUCAGAUGCUCAAGCGGUGGCGGAGGAAGGCGGCCUCCUCCUCCUCAUCCACCCGCGUCGCCGCCGGGUGGGUCCCGCCGGACGUCCCGUCGGGACACGUGGCGAUCUGCGUCGGGACCGACUGCAAGAGGUUCGUGGUGCGCGCGACGUACCUGAACCACCCCAUCUUCAAGCGGCUGUUGGCCCAGGCCGAGGAGGAGUACGGGUUCGCCAACCCCGGCCCCCUGGCCCUUCCCUGCGACGAGUCGCUCUUCGAAGAGAUCCUCCGAGUCGUGUCCCGCUCCGACUCGGGCGACUCGGGCCGGUUCCUCGAUCUGGAGGAUUUUCAGAGGUGUUGCCACGUGGAUCGCAGGAGUAGUCUCGAUGGUCGCGGUGAAUCUGGACCGUUGCUUCCCGGGAUUGCUGACAAAUCAGUCUGUUAAAAGCAAGUAGUAAAACUAUGCUUUAUCGUUGGCCCGACUCAGUACUGGAGCGAGUUUUCUGAGUCAACUCGGUCAUUCUAACUAACUUUCUGAGUGCAGUUAGUGCUCCUUUUUUUAAAAAAAAGCUUUUAAUUCUUUAUUUUAAAUUCUGGGCAAUGACUCAAUGUUUUGUGCUAGUAUAUUUUUUUGUUAUGGUUUUUGGCUCUGGAGAUGGCAAAUAUGGGUUUGUAACAAUGGCCGAGUCAUCCCGAGUUUGAGUUGGAGCAAACAGGUUAUUAAAGAUUGUUUGUUUUGGAAUUGGGCACACUACCUUGUAAUCUCUCUAGUUUAUUGCUCUUUUGUGGUUGGCCCUUGGGAUUGCAGAUAUGUUUACCUCUGAAAUUUUUAUGAAUGCUGAUUUUGACGCUUUA